CGACGACAAAACUACUAAACACGGCCGACAACAAAGGUAACCAGCGGGGGGACAGGUUACACCUUCAUACAACACCCGACUAUCCCCUCUUGUAUAUCAGAUAGCCUCCACCGGCGAGGUCGAUUUCACACUAACUAAUCUUCUUCGUUUCUCCUGUCUUGUCACUCUUUGCCCUCCUUUCCCCUCGUUCACUCUUUUACACGCGCCCCGAGCGUAUUCAACCCACAAUGGACGAUUCCAUGGUGGAGUCCGUCUUCGAGGACGAUGGAUCCGACUUCGCCCCCGAGCCAGCUCCUAAACCCAAAGCCAAGGCGGCGCCCAAAAAAGCGGCAGCUUCAAAGGCAGCGCCUAAGAAACUAACCCAAACCAAGUUGACGGCAAAGUCUGCAUCCAAAGCAGCACCCAAGAAGCGGACCAAGCCCGACAGCGACGAUGAAAUGGACGACGCCGACCCCCUUUCCGAUAUCGACUCUAUCAUGUCUCACACCCCUCCUAAGAAGGCCAAGAAGGCUCCGGCCGCUUUGAAGAAGGGAGGCAGCAAGCCUCUUGCCGACGUUGAGAACGAGUCAUUUGGAAAGGCUGACUCCGCUGGUGAUGAUGUCGCCAUGGACGCAUCCGAAAAGUUCCAGAGGCUUGAUCCGCGCGAGCAUAUCCUCAAACGUCCGGAUACAUACGUCGGAUCCGUUGAACGCACAGAACAGAUGAUGUGGGUUUACAACUCGGAAACGGAUGGUAUGGAAUUCCGCGAGGUCUCGUUUGUUCCAGGUCUCUACAAGAUCUUCGACGAAAUCGUCGUCAACGCCGCCGACAACAAACAAAAUGACCAAAGCAUGGAUGAGAUUCGCGUGACGGUCAACCGGGAAGCCGGCGAGAUUAGCGUGUGGAACAACGGCAACGGUAUUCCCAUCGAAUGGCACAAAACCGAGGAUAUGUACAUUCCGCAGCUCAUCUUCGGUAACCUCUUGACCUCGUCUAAUUACAACGACGAGCAACAGAAGGUCACGGGUGGCCGGAACGGUUAUGGUGCUAAGCUCUGUAACGUGUUCUCCACCGAGUUCGUACUGGAAACACAGGACUCACGCCAAAAGAAGAGGUAUAAGCAGAUCUGGACUAACAACAUGUUGAAUUGUGGAAAGCCUAAAAUCACCGAUGCGAAGGGAGAAGACUACACCAAGGUCACAUUCAAGCCUGACUUCGCCAAGUUCGGAAUGACGGGCAUUGACGAUGAUUUCGAGGCGCUUGUCAAACGUCGUGUUUAUGACUUGGCUGGAACAGCGAAGGUGGCCGUUAAGCUGAACGGUACCCGCGUUCCCGUACGGAAUUUCAAGAAGUACAUGGAAAUGUACACCAAGGCUAUUAGGAGGGAGCGCGGCGAGGAGGGCGCGGGAGCCAAAGAUGAAAUCAUCACCUGCAGCCCGGACCCUCGAUGGGAGGUCGGUUUUGCGGUCUCUGAUGGCUCCUUCCAGCAGGUGUCCUUUGUCAACUCCAUCGCAACUACCCAAGGAGGGACACACGUGAACUACAUCGCGGAUCAGAUUUGUAGUAAGCUCGCCGAGACUGUCAAGAAGAAGAACAAGAAUGGCGCCACGCUGAAGCCAGCCCAAAUCCGCAACCACAUCUUCAUCUUCGUCAACGCCCUGAUUGUCAACCCGGCGUUCACCUCCCAGACCAAAGAACAACUCACGACCAAAACAUCCCAAUUCGGUAGCAAAUGCGUUCUCGAUGACGACUUUUACAAAAAGGUUCUGAAGACAGAGGUGAUGAACAACAUCUUGCAUUUUGCCCAGCAAAAGGCCGAUCAGAUGCUGAAGAAGACGGACGGUGGCCGGCGCAGCCGCAUGAACAACCCCAAAUUGACGGAUGCCAACAAGGCUGGUACUAAGGACGGUCAUCACUGCACCCUGAUCUUGACUGAGGGUGAAUCAGCUAAAGGUCUGGCUGUGGCUGGACGAUCAGUUGUUGGCCCUGACCUGUUCGGUGUGUUCCCGCUUCGAGGAAAGCUGCUCAACGUGCGUGAUGCGUCUUUUGAUCAGAUCUCGAAAAAUGCAGAGAUCCAGAACAUCAAGAACUUCAUUGGUCUUCAACACAAGAAGGAAUACACGGACACCCGCGGUCUUCGCUAUGGUCACUUGAUGAUCAUGACGGAUCAGGAUCACGACGGUAGUCACAUCAAGGGGUUGCUCAUCAACUUCCUCCAAGCCCAAUUCCCCAGUUUGCUAAAGAUUCCUGAGUUCCUGAUCGAGUUCAUUACUCCCAUUGUCAAGGUGUGGAAGGGUGACCCCAAGAAUCCCACCAAGCAACGGUCCUUCUUCACCAUGCCAGAAUAUGAGGUGUGGAAGGAGGAGCACAAACACGAACGCGGCUGGGAGCACAAGUACUACAAGGGUCUGGGUACCAGCACCACUGAAGAUGCCCAGGUCUACUUCCGUGAUCUCGAUCGUCACUUGAAGGAAUUCCACACACUGCAGGAUAAUGAGGCUGGGCUGAUCGAACUCGCCUUUUCUAAGAAGAAGGCGGAUGAGCGAAAGGAAUGGCUUCGUCAAUUCAAGCCUGGAACGUUCCUCGACCACUCCGUGUCCAAGAUCACAUAUACCGACUUCAUCAACAAGGAGCUUAUCUUGUUCAGUAUGGCGGAUAACGUCCGGUCUAUUCCUUCAGUUGUUGAUGGUCUUAAGCCUGGUCAGCGCAAGGUCUUGUACACUUGCUUCCGUCGCAACUUGAAGAAGGACAUGAAGGUUGUCGAGCUUGCUGGUCACGUUUCGGGUAUGACCGCGUACCAUCACGGUGAUGUUUCACUGCAACAGACCAUUGUCGGUCUAGCGCAGACCUUCGUUGGUUCCAACAACUUGAAUGUCUUGGAGCCUAGCGGUAACUUCGGUAGUCGUCUUCAGGGUGGAUCUGACUGUGCUAGCGCGCGUUAUAUCUACACUCGACUCUCUCCGUUUGCUCGUCGUGUCUUCCACCAAGCGGACGAACCUCUUCUGACCUACAACGUGGAUGACGGAGCUACGAUUGAGCCGGAGACCUACGUACCCGUUGUUCCCAUGAUUCUCAUCAACGGUGCUGAUGGUAUCGGCACAGGUUGGAGUUCUUCUAUUCCCAACUACAACCCAGAGGAUAUUGUGGACAACCUGAAACGAAUGAUGGACGGUGAACCCACCAAGCCUAUGCAACCUUGGUUCCGAGGCUUCACUGGUGAAGUUACCGACAUUGGCGGCGAUCGGUUCAAGUUUAGUGGUGUCAUCAAGGAGACCGGGGAGAAGGAAGUCGAGAUUACCGAACUUCCUAUCCGUACCUGGACACAGGACUUCAAGGACAAGCUUGAAGACAUCAUCAAGGCUGAGAAGACGCCCUCUUUCAUCAAGGACUACAAAGACUACAACACUCACACCAAGGUUCAUUUCGUCAUUCAGCUGGACGAAAAGAACAUGAAGACUGCAUUGUCCGAAGGAUUGGAGGAGAAGUUUAAGCUUACAAAGACUAUCGCCACCACCAACCUGGUCGCUUUCGAUCCCGAAGGGCGGAUCACGAAGUAUGCUACAGUCGAUGACAUCCUUAAGGAGUUCUAUGCGCUCCGUCUGAAGUUCUACGAGCGACGCAAGCAACACCAGCUCUCAGAACUGCAAAAAGACUUGGACAAGCUCAGCAACCAGGCGCGCUUCGUUCAGAUGAUUAUUGACGGGGAUCUGGUCGUUUCAAAGAAGAAGAAGGCCGUCCUUGUUCUUGAAUUGAAAGACAAGGGUUUUAAGCCGUUCCCCAAGGUCGCUCAAGCCGUCAAGGCAGGCGAGACUGAGCCAGCUCUCGAGGAUGAAGAGGAGGAGUCGGCCAACGAAAAGGAGGACACCAACAACCUCUCCAAUGCCUACGACUACUUGCUGGGUAUGGCUAUCUGGUCCUUGACGCAGGAGCGCGUGGAGAAGCUCCGCAAACAAAUUGGCGACAAGGAGAUGGAGGUCGACGCCUUGAUCAAGCUGUCCAAGGAAGACAUCUGGAGACAGGACCUGGAUGACUUCAUCAAUGAGUGGCGAUUCCAGCUGGAUGACGAAGCCCGUCGCGAGCGCAAGGUCAUGCAGAUGGGUCGUCGUGCCUCCUCCAAGUUGAUGACUGCCGCUCGUGGACCUGUCGGUCGGAAGCGUAAGGCCGCCCUGGAUGAGGACCCCGAUGAUGAAGACUUUGCUGCGCCGAAGCCCAAGAAGGCUGCUGCGAAGAAGGCUGCACCGAAGGGGACACUGCACAAUUUCCUAAGCAAGUCUCCUACCAAGCCCGCUGCGAAGCCGAUCGACGAUGACUCCGACGACGAUUUCUUGGAAGUCCUUCCUAAGAAGAACCGAGGUGGAUCGUCGAAACCCGAACCUGUCCAGAAAGAAGAACCAGUGUCGGGUGAUUCAGACAUUGAGAUCUUGCCCAAGAAGAGUCGAGCUACUUCCAAGGCCUCUACUAAGGUAAAGUCUGAGGACCCUGAAAGCUCCGAAGUCAAAGAAGCUCCCAAGCGUGGACGGAAGCCCAAGUCGAAGCCUGCAGACGAUGACGACCUCGAUGACGAUGCCUUCCUCGAAAUCGCCAAAGCACAGGCCUCUGAGGCUGCCAAGCCCUCCCCUAAACCUGCGCGGGCGGCUCGCAAGGCAACUAAGUAUGCCCUGAGUGAUUCAGACAGUGACAACGGAGAUGACUUGUUGGGAGACGUGAGCAAGAUGGUGAAGGGAAUUGGUGGCACCGCGGGCGGGUCUACGUCGAAUUCUCUCGAGCUCUUCUCAGAGCAGUCUGGGCCUGGCAGCCGCUCGGGACUGCAGACCAGCACCAAGCCAUCCAAGGCCUCUCCUGACUUCGAUGCGGACGAGACCGACUACAGCAAGUUGGUGCCCCAGGGCUCUCCCCGGCGGUCCCUUCAGGUGAAGUCCAAGGAACCGGCUACUCUGUUGGAUGAUAGCGAUGAGGAUGAGCCUGUGAAGCCAGCGGUCACUAAGGCGAAGCCGGCCGCCAAGGGUAAGGCUGCUGCUUCAACUGCUGCUAAACCGGCCGCCAAGACGCGUGGUCGCCCGAAGAAGGAUGCCACCACCAAGACUGCGGCUGCAGCACCUACAAAGCAGACCACCCUGUCUCCAGCUGCGAAGGCCUAUGCUUCGAAGCAGGCGAAGACCAGCGCCGCGGCGAAGAAGAAGCAGCUGGCGGAUGAUCUGUCCGACGAUGACAUCGAUGCCAUGGCCAAUGACAUUUUGGAUUCGCCGGCGGCUCCCGUCAGUCGGCCUUCGCGACGCACGGCCACCACGAAGAAGAAGACCUAUGUGAUUGACGAUGAUGAUGAUAGCGAUGAUAUUGGUGGAGGGGGCAAUGACUCGGGAGAUGACUUUGAAGACAGCGAGUGAGUGAGUGAUGGAAUUGAUGGAAAUUUAGAAGGGAUCUUUCGAUGCUGAGCGUCCAUGGGAAGCCCUGGCCCCGUCAUUUUUUCAUUGUGUUUCUUUCCUACUUCUCUUCAUCACAGGAUCUAUAUUCUUUGUCUAUUAAUAGGAUGUGUUCAUAAAUUGCAAAGGGAGAGAUGUCCUGCGGGCGUUUUUGUUUAUAAUUGGGGGGAUCUUGAGUUGGAAGCAAUGAAAGCAGAACUGCAAAU